AUGCCCAGUUCUCUGAGGCCCCAGCUCGGGGCGGAGGCCGCUGGUCGGGGCUGCCCCGGCCGCCUGGAGCUGAGCAGGUCGCUUCGGCCGGUGCCCAGCCCGCCAUUCGCCAACUUCGGGCCCCCUCUGAGCGUCAACUCAGAUCGUGUGGUGGGGUCUGGGUACCUGGAAAGAGAGCCUUCCAAGCUGUACCACAACUGCUCCAGCAUGCACCCCUACCACCCGUUCCUGCUGCGCUACCAGGAUGCAUCCCUUACCCCGCGGGUCCCCCUGCAGCAGGGCUUCCAGCACAUGUCCUGCAGCCACUACAAUGGAGCAGGCUUGACCCUCAGUCCCAGGAAGCCAGCCAUUGUGCCCACUCCGUACCAGGCCCUGGGCACUGCCAUCUGGCAGGUGCUUGCCAAGCAGCCUGUUCCGGGCGCCCUGUGCCCCGGUGUCUGGGCCACAGAGGUGGAGGAGCCAGUGGAAGACCUCCAGACCCGCUACUACCUGCUGCCGCCGGCCCAGUUACCCCCGCGGUACCUCACCAUGCUCCAGCGCGUGCCCCCGCCGCCCGCAUCGUCCUCGCUGCCCAUCGUGUCUGACGCGGACAAGGAAAACACUGAUGACCAGGAUACGGAGGGGCCGUGGGAGCCCAGCCAGCCUUCGUCCCAGGAGCAGUACGACUAG